CGCACCGUGACUCCAACUUGAACGCGUCCGUGCUUGCCAUGAACAUAUCCCAACGAUGAGUUGCACUGAGGAAGACUCUCUUGUAUCCCAGGCCCCAGGCACCCUUCAAAAUCUCGCGGCAGGAAAUGAAGCUGAGAAGGCGGCAAACUCUUUCGGUCACACGGAGUACAAGGGGAAGCAAAAAGAAAUUGUCGAGGCUGCUACUUCUGGAUUGGAUGUCUUUGUAUUAGCGCCGACGGGAAUGGGCAAGAUCGUCCAUAACAUCUUUCGGUCUACAGAGCCUGUGCUUUCAGAUUCCAGCAGUCGCAGAUAUGCCCUGAUGAAAAACCAAGUAUCAAGUUUGCGCCGCAAAGGACUCCCUGCCGUCUCUUGGACAUCGGACACACCGAAGGGCGAACGAGAUCAGAUUAUUGAAGACCUCGAAUCAGGGAGCCCACAAACUCGUCUUCUAUAUACCACACCUGAAAAGCUGUGCACACGUGAAAUGAUGCGCCUUCUUGAAAUUGUUUAUGCGAAGGGCGAACUCAACAGACUGGUUGUAGACGAGGAGUGGGGCCACGACUUCCGUGAGGAAUAUCGCAAGUUGGGCUCUUUUCGGGAACGAUUUCAUGGAGUGCCCAUUAUGGCCCUCACAGCAACAGCAACCCCGAGUGUUCAAACAGACAUUAUACGCAGCCUCAAGAUGUCCGAAGAAAGAUUGUUUACCGCUUUGCACCCCUUUAAUCGCGCUAACUUAUUCUAUGACAUCAAGUACACUGCGGCGCUCGACUCCCUGUCUCGUAUGUCAGCCGUAUACGAUUUUGUAAUUACCCUACACCGUCGUCGAGCCCGACCAAGCUCUGGGAUCAUCUACUGUCGUGCCCGCCUGGCGUGUGAUGAACUAUCGGCCUUUCUGAGGGGAAAGGGCAUCAGUGCCAGGCCAUAUCAUCGUGGGAUUAGCUCUCAUAUGCUGGAUAAGACGUUGAGCGAAUGGGAAGCAGGUGGAAAUGGUGAUGGUGGUGUUGAUGUGGUCUGUGCAACCAUCGCUUUUGGAAUGGGGAUCGACAAAAGCGAUGUUCGUUAUAUCGUUCACUACGAUCUUCCGAAGAGCUUCGAAGGUGCUUUUUUCCAAAUAGGACGAGCGGGUCGCGACGGCUAUCCGUCUAAAUGCGUGCUCUAUUACUCUCGUGAAGACGCCUUUCGCCUCCGCAAGUUAGUGUCUGAUAGCCACGCCAAGAGACAACAGGCUGCAAGCACCAUGUACGGUCCUCAACCCAGCCAAAGAUCCAUUGAUAGUUUCAGUGCAUUGAUUGACUACGCAGAAAAUGUGACUAUGUGUCGACACGUGUCUAUCUGCAAGUAUUUUGGCGAAACAAUUGAUACGAGUGACAAGGAGGUCGUCAAGAGCUACUGUAAUAAUAUGUGUGAUGUGUGCAAAUACCCUGAUAAGGCCCUGCGCCGAAAACAGAAUCUCUCCUCAGAGGACCGCGUUGCCGUACUGUCGAACUCGCGUUCCUUCAAUACGGAUGUAUUCGAAGAUGACGUUGAGAGUUCAUGUCCAGUGCCUCAAAAGGCUCCUCCUGGUCAGCCUAAUCCUGGACAAGCGGGAAGUGGCGGGUUGAAAAGGCCCAACGCCUGUCCUGCAGGUCCGUCCAAGAAGAAAGCAAAGCUAGAGGUACUGCCACCUGCAUUAAUCACGAAGCCUUAUAGUUCUGUGCCGUUCAAACAACCUCCACAAGAAGCACGUGUUAUCGAGUCUUUGGAUGCUCAGCAAACCCCCCAGAAACGUGAAGAACAAAACUACCACAAUGACGAAAUUGAAGUUGUCAAGGUUUGCUUGAAUUCUGCUUGGCAAGCUCCGCAAGACGAUUUGCUGCAAGAUGACGUCCUGGAAGAGGAACCUAUGGACUUUAGUCAAGGUGGCGGUGAUGUAUCCCUCGAUGAUGAACCUCAAAUACACCUACCCGAGAUUGACAUUGAACUGGAAAUGAUGUUCUCCAAGAAAAUACCUGAACCAGCAAGGAGAGAAGUCUUUCGCACUAUUAGAGAAGCUUUAUACAGAGUUCUCCGCUGGGAUGAUGGCGAUGAAGGGUUGUGGGCCAAUUUGAGCAAUGCUCCAUCCAAUGCUGAAGCAAGACAUCUACUCCUGGCAGAAGCCGCUAAAGAUAUAGAGUACUCUGUGCACACGAUGUCUGCCACUGAGUCUGGUUACAACCAAAAAGCAAAGGCAAAACUACGUGUGGUCAAGCUCAUGGAGCACAGGGAAAGUCUUUGGCCGAUCGAUGUAGCUCAUUAUGAUGAGGAUGAAGAGGAGGCGAUCGAGAUGAUAGGAUUAUUGAGGAACAUCUGCAGUCGCUGGAGAAACACUGGUAAAAGAAAAGGCCCAUGAUCACUGUCUCUCGCCUGUAUGGAUGUGCGAUAUACAAUUAGACAGCCUGAGUGUGAUGAAUCACUAUAGCCAGAUGGACCACCCGGAGAUCCUCGGCAAUGUCUGUAGCUGUCUGCUACAUCUAAUUUCCUCGUUUGUGAAUGCAAGACCAUUCUCCGUUCGAGUGGAACUUUCGUCUUUAUACUGUGCAUAGCACGAUUGUGUCACUUCCACCCCGAAACCUUCG